AUGAAACCGGCUCUAAUCGAAUGGGCACCGCACUGCGGAUGGAUUUGCGUCGUCACCCAGGAUGAGACGUCCGGUGAAGCGAACGUGGCGUUCUCGGAUCAUUCGGUGAGAGGACAAAGAUUGAAAAUAGAAAAUGAAUACCAAAUAUUGUAGGGAAGUGUGAAAGAGAGCGGACCGACAAAGAUCGGAGCGGUGACGGCGGUGAAGUGGCACCCGAAGAAGCAGUUCGUGGCCGUCGGAUGGAGGGACGGAGGCGUCUGUUUCGUUCCGAAAGGAGCGAACAUUUGUGGGUUUUUACUGAAUAGAAUUUUUGUAGUAAAGAAUAUGUUGAUUCCAGCCCACUAUGUCGUCGAAAAGUACCCUCAUCCGGCAAAAGGAGUCGAUUGGAGCAAUGACGGAACCAUUCUGAUGACUCUUCAUAAUGUGAGAAUCAUAAUCUUUUGUGAUCUCAUUUGAAAUUAUUUAGCCAUCAUCUAUCCACAUGUAUACUUAUAUUGCCAUUGGAGAUGACAUUACAACUACGAAUCUGAUGCAAGUGGAAUUGAAUGAUGAAGUUAUGUUGUGGUGUAAACGAUUGAGCUAUGAGAUGUAUGCUCGAGUAUCAAUAGGACUAAAAGAAUAAAGAAUUCAUUCAGAUACCGUCAGAAUCAGAUAUCAGCGGAAGAGGACAGCGGAGUGGAUGAGUCUCCGUUCGGAUCGAAAGAGCAGUUGGCGGAGAGAAGACCGGAAAUGGGGAAGGGGGUACUUCCGACGGGGACCGAGUUCCUCUUCGCGUGCAGGUCGGGAAAUAUUUAUGGAGUCGACAACGAGCGACAGAGAAAUGUGCAUAAGGUGGAGGGAUCUUGACGGAUAAGAAACAAAAGAAGAAUGUUUGCAGUUGGAUUCGGAAUGCAUGUUCCUGGAUUACUGUGAAUCGAAUAAAGUGAUAAUCGUGUUCACACGCGACUGCUUCAUAUUCCACCUCGCAAAAGGAACGUUGGAAGGAAGAUGCUCGGAGAAAGUGAAGGUGAAAUUGGGCGGAAAGGCCGAGAACUACCGGAUGGAGCUGAACGACGGCAUGCUUGUCAUGUGUUACGGAGAGAAAGAAGUGAGAGUGUGGGACUUGAUGAGGGAGGAGAACUUUACCAUUCAACUGGAGACGAGCAGGGGGUUUCAAGCAGACGAGACAGUAAAUGUAGUCACGGUGAACGGCAGAAGAGGUGAGAAAACAGGAAAUGAGGGAAAAUGAGAAAAAGCAUUCGCAGGAGUGAUAACAGCCGCCACUAGCCUCAACAACGUCGCCGAAUGGAAGAGAAAACGGACUGAUACUCCCGCGGAGACGGCUUGGAAAUUGAGUCCGAGCACGCAUCUCGAGAGCCCGGUGAGUGAGCACACCGACACGCUAAUCCUUCCGUUUUUGCCUCGUUAGAUUUCAUUGAUUCGCUGGAGCCCCGUCGUGAGCACCGCCGCGCUCAUCACCGAAGAAAGCCUCGUACUGCUGGGAGAGAACAACGUAAUCGUGAAGAUGCGUGGCAAGUUGGCCGCCAUCCAGACCAGUUCGAACAGCUUCACGCUCUUGAACGCGUCGAGCGGCGUCUCGCAAGACUUGAAACUGCCCAUCUCGUCGGCGAGAGGAAUCAGUCUGGGCGAGAAGCAACUGGUUGUGUGGAGUGAUGAUACGGUAGGAAUGAAGAGUAUUAUACAGUUCCGGGUAGAGGAAUCAUUUCAGGUGGUCACUUACGAUGUGCAAAAGUCAUUGGCGACCAUUCAGUGCACGUCGUUCUCGUGCAACGCGUCUUCCGUCGGGAUCGCCAGUCUUAAUUUGUUCUGUAUUGAGAAGGACAAGAUAUUGGCGAGAACUCUGCAGGUACAUCUACUUGAAGACCUCUUUUCUGUAUCGAACCUGUUAUUCAGGGAACACUGCGCCAGGAAAUAUCACUUCCGGAGAUUGAAGGCGACCCGGAACUGCUGGAUGUUAACAGGAACUUCAUGGCGGUGGGCACGACCAACGGGUUCAUUCGCAUCUAUUUCGUGCCUCCGCAAACGAAUCCCACUGAGAAGAGUGACAAAUCGAGCUCCGAGACGUUUGUGACUUAUGCAAAAGAUGCUCAGCAGGAGCACAACUCCAAGUAUGUUGUGGAGAAUGUGAAGAACUUCUACAAGUUCCAUUCGAUUAAAGUCAAUCAGGCAGGGAACAAAGUGGCAGCCACUUAUUAUGAAGUAACCUCUUACCGCCAAACCUAAGGAAACAGCUUACUAUUCCUUUUUAGGAUGUUUCCGUGGUCGCCGAGCGUCUUCUUGUGUACGACGCUGAGACAGAUUCGGUCUCCUACUUCUCGUUCGAUCGCGGAAUGACAGACACGCAAGAGUACGAAGCACAGGCGGAGUUGGCUCACACAAGCAGCGGACGGCCGGUGACUGCGGCAGCGCGGAAGAUGGCCAGGGAGCAGUCGCGGUUCACGAUGAUGAACCACAGGCCAGGCACCGUCGAGUGGGAUGAGAACGACCCGCGGUAUCUGGUUGUCGAGUGCAAUCAUAUUGAGCCCGAAUCGGUAGGGCUUUCGGCUUUUGUUUUACCCUGUUUCUUAUCAAUAGAUUGUUUCAGAUAGACCAAAGAGUUCUGACCGCAUUCGUGACUUCUGAGCAUGGAAUUCAACUGCAAGGCAUUCAACAGAAAAGUUCCCAUUGCGGAAAACUCGUUUCCGUUUCCGUUCCAAACUUUUACUUUGUGAGAAAAUCAGGCUGGGAUGAGGAAGAUAGUCGAGGCGAAAGAACUAUCGGAAAGACGCUUGUGGCCAAGUGCCUUCGCGAAUUCCUCGGAAAUGACAAUUGUGACGAGGCGACCAGGAAGGCAAUGAUGGACUUUUCGUUUUACCUGACGAUCGGAAGCAUGGAUGCGGCAUUCAAAGCAAUUCAGUUCAUGAAGAGUGAGAGUGUCUGGGAGCACAUGGCGUCGAUGAGUGUGAAGACGCGUCGGCUCGACGUGGCAAUGGUCUGUCUGGGGCACAUGAAGAACGUGCGAGGAGCACGGGCGGUGCGCAAAUCCCAUCUGAACGGAGAGAACGAUUCGAUGAAGUGCGCGGCGUUGGCCGUCGAGUUGGGAAUGCUCGAAGAGGCUCAGAUCAUCUAUGCUCAGAAUGAGCGCUACGAUCUGGUGAACAAACUGUACCAGGCGCAGAAUAUGUGGUCGGCGGCGUUCGAAGUGGCAGAGACGAAAGAUAGAAUACAUUUGAGAAACACGCACUACAACUAUGCCAAGUUUUUAGAGGCGAAGAAAGAUUCGACAAGCAUUGAAGCGGCAAUUGAAAAGUAUAUUCGAAGUAUUCUGAUUUCGGCUCAUAUAUUAUCGGUUUUCAGCUACGAGAAAGCGGGAGUGCAUGCAUUUGAAGUGUUCCGGAUGCUGAAAGAUUAUCCAAAACAGAUUGAGCAAUAUAUAAGACGGAAACGCGAAGAGUGAGUGAACCUAGACGAUCUGAAUUGUCCAUUGUUCCGUUUUAGUGCUCUGUAUACCUGGUGGGGAGCGUAUCUGGAGAGUUUGGGAGAACUGGAGGGAUCCGGCAGCUUCUACUCCUCUGGCAAGGACUUCUAUUCGUUGGUCCGCGUGAAGUGCAUGCAAGGCAAGCUCGAAGAAGCCUCUCGAUUGGCGGAAGAGUCGAAGGACAAGGCGGCGUGUUACCUCAUCGGAAGAAUGUACGAGAACGACGGAGACGUCACUAACGCUGUGAAAUUCUUCACGAAGGCCAGAGCCCUGUCGUCCGCGAUCCGACUGGCGAAGGAGCACGAUAUGAAGGACAGACUGGCCAACUUGUGUCUGAUGGCCGGAGGAUCCGAGCUCGUCAGUGCUGCCAGAUACUAUGAGGAUCUACCCGGAUACGCACACAAAGCAGUCAUGCUCUAUCACAAAGCGGGAAUGAUAGGAAGAGCUCUGGAUCUCGCUUUCCGAACGGAGCAGUUCAGUGCUCUCGAUCUAAUCACGAAGGAUCUGGACGCAGACACUGAUCCCAAAAUUCUCAAAAGAGCCGCUGAGUUCUUCGAGAGCAAUCAGAACUACGAGAAAGCCGUCAAUUUUCUGUGUUUGGCCAAGGAAUUCUCAGCCGCCGUCCAGCUAUGCAAAGCGAGAAGUGUGCGGGUAACGGACAAGUUUGCAGAGCAAUUAACGCCUUCGAAAGGUAAACGAUUCUGAGAAAUGUGGAAGAAAUGCAAGUGAUUCAGAUGAUAUGCCAAAUGCACAAGAAAGAAAGAGAAUUCUGGAAGUGGUCGCUGAGCUGUGCCUUCAGCAGGGAGCCUACUCUUCCGCCGCGAAGAAGUUCACUCAAGCUGGGGACAAACUAUCUGUAAUUAUCUGUUUGUUUGUGUAGAACACAUAUUUCUGUUUCAGGCAAUGCGUGCUCUGCUCAAGUCCGGGGACGUUCAAAAGAUUCGAUUCUUUGCGAACACCGCCCGAAACAAGGAGAUUUACAUUCUGGCGGCGAAUUUUCUGCAAACCACAGAUUGGCAAGACAACCAGCAGACGAUGAAGGACAUUGAGACGUUCUACACGAAAUCUCAGUCGUUUGAGCAUUUGGGGAACUUUUACAAAUCGGUGGCCAUUGUGAGAAAAGAGUAAAUUCAUGAGUUAUCAGUCACAAUUUAGCUGGAAGCAGAGAAUCUGAGAAUGCUUGACAAGGCAAUGACGGCUCUUGAAAUGGCGGCGGUUUGCAUCGGAGAGGCGGAGACAAAAGGACUGGCGACUGCAGGAGUGGAGGCUUUGAAGGAAGACAUCAAAAAGUACGUGGUGCAACUGAGGAAACUGCAGAAGAUUCUCGAGUGAGCUGCCGAUCUUGAAGCCUCGAUUAUGAACUAAUUUUCAGAGUUAUGAAGAACGAUGCCGCUGAUGGAAUCCGUCAGCUGACUACAUUGGCCGAAGAGUCUCUCGAAGAUGACAUCGUCCCGUGCACUCGUCUCUUCGCACUUCUCAUCGAAGACUAUGCGGCGAAGAAGAACUGGAAGCUUGCUUAUCGCUCAAUAACCGGAUUGCAGAAGAAGAUUCCGAACGUGGACCUGGAGACGUUUGUGGAAAAGGAGACACUGGACAAGGUGUGUGAUGAGAUGCGAGUGGACCGAGUCACUAAGCAGAACAAGGAGGAGGUGGAGUCCGAUGGAGAGGAAGUCGACUUUUCGCAUUCACUCAGACGACAGAAUAUCACUUGA